AUGAAUUCCUCAUUUCUCUUGCGGGAUAUACGUCGCUUUUCCAUUUUGGCGGGAGAUCGCGUCCAAAAACGCGUAAAAUGCGGCGCUUACGACACAUCGCAUGGCGGACAUUCUCCUCGCACCAUAAGCAGCCAUUCACCCUCCCACCCCCCAAAGCUCAUUUCAACCUCCCACCUGCUUGAUGAGGAACGCGUGCCAUGGUACGAGGAGAACCGAUUCUACCCCGCAAAACCUGGUGAGGUUCUCGCCGAGCGCUUCCAGAUCCUGGUCAAAAUUGGCUAUGGUAGCUCCUCAACAACAUGGCUUGCCCGUGAUAUCCGGAAGAUGUAUGUGACUUUCACAAUCUUAUCGCUGGCUUGUGUGCUAAAGAUCACCAGCGACUUCAACGAUGGCGAGUUCGUGGCAGCGUUGAAAAUCAACAACUGCGAGGGUGCUGUAUCUGAGCGCGAGCUCGAAAUAGAGGAGCAUAUCGCAAAGUCUGGCUCGUCGCAUGGCGGGCGUGCACUUCUACGAACACACUUGGAGUAUUUCGAAGUGGAAGGGCCAAGGGGUAAACAUCUCUGUUUGGCUUAUCCACCUAUGAGGGAGCCUCUCUGGCGCUUUCAGAGACGGUUUGAAGACUCGGUUAUUCCAUUUCCGCUUCUUAAAGUAUAUCUUCUUGUCCUGCUGAAAGCCUUGGACUGUCUCCACACCGCUUGUGAUCUAAAACUCGAGCACAUCAUGAUGCCCUUCGAAGAUGGCGAGGUGCUGUCUGGAUUUCUGAAUCAGCGUUUAGAGCAGCCAGCUGAAUACAAAAUCGAUGCUGUUGGUCGACACGUCUUUCGCCAUGACAGUGAUUUUGGGGAUCUAAGACGCUCGUGGAUGAGUAUGACCCCGCAUAUUGUUGAUUUCGGGUCGUCUUUGCAGCUCCAUGGUGAGACUGGACGGGGGCUUUUUCCGAUUCAACCGAAUCAUUACCGUGCACCAGAGGUCACGCUUGGGUUUCCUUGGAACAGGAGUGCAGAUAUUUGGAGUCUUGGAACUUUGAUUUGGGAUAUGGCUCAGAAUACAGAGCUUUUCCAGCAAGCUCAAGAUUCGAAUGGAAAUUACGAUUCGAAAGCCCAUCUCGCAGAAAUGAUCGCCUUGCUAGGUCCGCCUCCUCCAGGGUUUAUUGAAGCAUCCCACUCCACACUCUUGUUAAAGUGGCCGCAGAAGAUAAAAAUCUACGGGGGCGAGCUAUGUGAAAAUGCAAUGGAGAUGUUCGGAGGUCCAUUUUUCGACGAUGAUGGCAAAUUUCUCCAUGAACAUCUAAUACCCGACCGAAAGAUCGAAGAUACGCUACCCCUACUGGAAGAAAAAGACAGAACUGAACUCUUAUCGUUCGCAAAGAAGAUGCUUACCUGGGAUCCAGAGAAAAGAGCAACUGCUCGCGAACUACUAGAGCAUCCAUUCUUGAAGCUUGAAUAA